GGAAGGCAGUGCCUGACACGACGGCCAUUUUCCCGUUGGACGCUCCGCUUCCAUUGUGUGAACCUACAGUAAAUACUGAGACGGCUAGUUUAGCCAAACAAGAUUUUCACUCUCUACGACCGCACAUUUUAAAGGUGAUCUUAAGGUGCCAUGGCUCGUACCAAGCAGACCGCUCGUAAGUCAACUGGAGGCAAGGCCCCGCGUAAGCAGUUGGCCACCAAAGCCGCCCGCAAGAGUGCCCCCUCUACUGGUGGGGUCAAGAAGCCUCAUCGCUACAGGCCCGGAACCGUCGCCUUGCGUGAGAUCCGUCGGUACCAGAAGUCCACAGAGUUGCUGAUCCGCAAGCUGCCUUUCCAGCGGCUGGUGAGAGAGAUUGCUCAGGACUUCAAGACCGACCUGCGCUUCCAGAGUGCUGCCAUUGGGGCUCUGCAGGAGGCCAGCGAGGCGUACCUGGUGGGCCUGUUUGAGGACACCAACCUGUGCGCCAUCCAUGCCAAGCGUGUCACCAUCAUGCCCAAAGACAUCCAGCUGGCCCGUCGUAUCCGCGGGGAGCGUGCUUAAAGCCUCCCAGCUUGGUUCUCCUCCUUUCCUCCUCCACGAUGUCUGUCUUCCCCUCCCUUUCUCAAAGCUCCACUCUCCUCUUCUGUUUGUAGUGCUUAGAUUAACAAUGAUUAUGAUGACAACGUGUGUAAUUGUGUCUUUCUUAGUGCUGUCGGCAGCAGACCUUUAGGGUACCUUUUUGUGCAUGUACCAGCUUAGUGCUGAUCAGACACACAUUCUCACAAGAAUAUCGAAACAACUGGUUCCCGGGUUAGGAAGCCUGUCUCUGGUCAGGGAGAGUUCAUGAGGUCAGCUCUUAAAAAUAAUGGAGGUGCACUGUGGUACCUGGGUGACAGAUGGGCUCCCAGCUGGGUGGGUGAAGCCGCAGAAAGGUGGAUGAGGCAGGAGGGUGACGCCCGGGUUGAUCUGCUGGGGGGCUGUGGGGGGGAGGGAGUGAUUGUUCCCGCAGCAGGGUGCUAACACUGCCCAGUGCUCAUCUCCUGUUCCAUACUACCCCAAGUGAGUAUUCAACAUAACGAUGAUGGACAAAUUAUAUAAUGGAUUUAAUAGUGCCUGAGGGGGUGAUGAUGUGGAGUCUUUGUGUGUUUGUGUCUGCUGAUCAGCACAGCAAAUUAUAUUCAUCUACAAGCAUCACUUGGUAGAGCAAUUGUUUAUUUCAACAAUGAUGAUUACUGUCAUCAUUAUUGUGGUGUCUUUUUUAACGCAAGAGAAAGUUUCAUAGAUGCAAAAAAGAAGUUUAAGAUUCAUUUUUACAUGUGGACCGUGCAGAACAAUAUUUUUUACUGAACGUCUCGCCCAUCUAAUUUCUUUUCCUAUAAUGUAUUAACUACUCUGUGUAUUAAAUAUUUUAAAUUAAUUUGAUUCAGUUGACAUAAAGUAAAUGUUACCAAAGCAUUUUAAAGUCAUGGAAUGACAAUAUGUAGCAAACUCUCCAUGUGCAUCACUUUCACUCUAAAGUGUACUAGAUUGCCAUCUAUUAUUUUUAAAGAUAAAGAAACUUAAAAUUUUCCCUGUUUUUUUCCUGUUUCUCAGGUUGGUGUACCACCCUUGUUUCAUUCUUUUAUUUUGAUUUUUAAAUGUUAAAGAUGUUUAAAUGAACUGAUCUUUGUAAUUUCCAGAUUUCUCAUAUAAGGUGGUAAUAAAUUGAUGUUACACA